GAAGGUAUAGAUCCUGAUUUCUGGAAUUUCUCUUUUACUGAAAGUGCUGUUCCUGAGUCUUUCAAUGGCUUCCUUGGGGAUUGCAAAGCUCUCUCUCCACAUACUCCUUUGUCUCAGCGUUCUUAACUCAGCUCAAGGGAAGGAGGAAUACAAGGGGCAUUCUUACCCGUUCAUCAAACCAGCAAGCUCCUUCUCAUCAUCAUCAACAGAAUCCAAUGGAAGGAUUAUGGCUUAUUAUAACUACAUAAUUGUGGGAGGUGUCACUGUUGGGUGUCCUCUGGCAGUCACACUCUCAAGGAACUUCAGGGUACUAUUACUGGAAAGAGGUGGCGUACCCUAUUCAAACCCAAACGUCUCAUACCUGGAGAACUUCCAUAUCUUUCAGCAGUUUCAGAAUUUCAUACCUUUCACAUCUUCAUCUCGGCAACGCUUGGCAGCUAUCGUAGUCUUCCCAGAUCCACCAGGAGCACACAACCCAAGAACCCUCACAUCCUUUUCCAACAACAACUGCUGCUUCAAUUUCUCCAGAGGUGAAUCCAGUCCAAAAGUCCGGUCAGGGACAGGAGCAACACAUGCAAAUCCUGAUCCCAAACAUUCACUCUCUCUUUUCACUCAGGAUCAUUAGAGCGACGCGCAAGGUAUCCGCAGGCACGAUCAUCUGAAAGAACUGAAGCAAAUCUAGUUCCAAAUUGUUCCUGAACAUUCGAACACUUGAUCAAUUAAGAAAUCAAGGAAAAGACUAAAGUCUGAGAAGAAGAAGAAGGAGAGAGAGGUGAGUUUUGGGCAAAUGGAAAGGAGGAGAGAGAGGGUUGAGUUCAGGGCAAAUAGAGAAGGGGAGGGAGAAGGGUAAAAUUGUCUUUUUAAUUUUAAAAACUAACACCUCUUUCACAUUGUUAAUUUGGAUGGAUUUAAAUGUA